CAAGAAUGAAACACCACGCGAUGAUCAGCCAUUACUCGAUCGUCCACGCCCAUCAAAAAUGAACCUCAAGGAACGCUUACGUCAGCUACUUGACUCAAUGGACGAUGGUGAAAUAGGAAACCGCGACGACACUUUUUCACGCCCAAGACAUCUUCCCAAGCUCCCUCCGAUCAAAUUACUAAGAUUCAGCGGGAAGGAGAGCGAAUGGCAGGCGUUCAUCGAAUUGUUUACAAGCGUCAUUCAUGAUAAUAGUACGCUUAGUGGCGUUCAGAAAAUGCAAUACCUCAUUUCGAAUCUUGAGGCAACGCCCAAGAAAUUGAUAUCGCAUUUGGCGCUGACCAAUGCCAAUUAUGAGAGCGCAAUGGAGAUUCUCAAGGCGAGAUAUGAGAAUAAACGGCUCAUGGUAAACAAUUACAUGAGCUCCAUUGUCCAACACAGGAGGCUUACAGCAGCCUCAGCUGAUGAAGUGAUCCAGUUACAUGACUGUAUCAACGCCUGUAUAGCAGGAUUGAAAAAUCUUGGCUACAAUGUGACGACUUGGGAUCCAAUGCUGGUCUCAAUUGCAAUGCAGAAGUUCGACGGUGAGACGAACAAGGCCUUUGAGGAGAGUAUCAUCGAUGUGACAGCUGUUCCAACCAUUGCUGAACUCAUGAAAUUCCUUCUCAAGAGGUACCGCAUCCUCCGUGCUUCUCCCAAAGAGGCUCAGUACUCCAAGGAACUCAAAAAGAAGUCCUUCCAUACGGCUUCUUCCUUACAAGUAACCUGCUCAAAAUGUGGCAAUGACCAUAUCUUAAUGAAAUGUCCAGAGUUUCAAAAACUCACACCGCUACAACGCAAAGAUCAUGCAAAAGAGAAAAAUCUCUGCUACAACUGCCUUACGCAUCAUAGGAAGGAUGACUGUAAGAGCAAAAAGACUUGCUUCACCUGUAACAAACGCCACCACACUCUUCUGCACUUCGAACAGAAGAAACCAACCAAUAAGAAGAGUCUUCAUACCUCCGUUCCUAACGAGAGCGACGCAGAGUCUACUGAAGAUGCUCCUGUAGCAUUUCACACCAAAACCAGCUCGCUCGUACUUUCAACCGCCGAAAUUAGGAUUCGUGACAAGGCUGGACAAUGGCAGCACUUCAGAGCUCUCCUUGACACAGGCUCAGGAGACACCUUCAUUUCUGAGUCUGCUGCUCAAACACUCAAGUUGCCGAGGCAGAAAACUGCGACAUCCAUCAAAGGAAUCGGUGACGUCAAGGCAGCCGUAAGCAAAACAACAAUGGACAUUACAAUCGCUCCUCGAUUCUCCUCCCAGCUCAAAUGGUGCACGACAGCCCUUGUGCUACCAAAAUUAUCGUCUUUUUUGCCUUCAAGGCCCAUCCGUUCCGAAUGUCCGACCAAUGUAAAAUCUCCAGCCUAA